UCCAACAUGGCGAUCACGGGGAGCGGAUCUCUCGCUGUUUCUCUCUCUGUUUUCGUGAUUUCAGCGGCGUUUCUUCCGAAAGGAGCUGCUGAAACCGUGACAGUCGAAGGUCAGAACCUGGCAACUGACAAUGUGUCGGUGAUCGAGGGGGAAAUGGCCACCAUCAGCUGCAGAGUGAAGAACAACGACGACUCCGUCAUCCAGCUGCUCAACCCCAACAGACAGACCAUCUACUUCAAAGAUGUUAGACCCCUGAAGGACAGCCGGUUCCAGCUGGUGAAUUUCUCUGACAACGAACUGCGGGUGUCUCUGUCCAAUGUGUCACUCUCCGAUGAGGGACGCUAUGUGUGCCAGCUCUACACAGAUCCUCCUCAGGAAGCCUACGCAGACAUCACUGUCCUGGUCCCACCAGGCAGCCCAAUCAUCGAGAGCCGCGAGGAUGUGGUCAGCGAGGGGAACGAGACGGAGCUCACCUGCACAGCCAUGGGCAGCAAGCCAGCCGCCUCCAUCAGAUGGAUGAAAGGGGAGGAAGAACUGACAGGUGAGACAACAGUUGAGGAGACGUAUGACAGGAUGUUUACUGUCACCAGCCGGGUAAAAUUUUCUGUCACCAAAGAGGAUGAUGGAGUGCCAGUGGACUGCAUCAUUGACCACCCAGCUGUAAAAGACCUUCUGGCUCAAAGACACUUGGAAGUGCUAUAUAAACCAGAAGUGAAGAUUGUGGUGACAUAUCCUGAAGGUUUAACCAGAGAGGGUGACAAUCUAGACCUGACGUGCAUCGCAGAAGGAAAACCACAUCCCCAUCAGAUCAACUGGCUGAGGGUAGAUGAGGAUGUGCCGCCUCACGCCGUGGUCACCGGCUCUGAUCUCUACAUCGAGAACCUCAACAAGUCCUACAACGGCACCUAUCGCUGUGUGGCGUCCAAUGCUGUGGGAGAGGCCUACGACGACUACAUCCUCUAUGUAUAUGAUGCUCCCACUACUAUCCCCACACCCACCACCAAUCCAGUCAACACGCAAGCUGAUAAGGUGUACUUUUGUGGCAUGUUACUUCAGGCAACUUCAGGAAACUCCAGAGCUGGUGAGGGGGCACCACAGAAAAUUGACCAUGCUGUCAUCGGAGGAGUGGUUGCUGUGGUGAUGUUUGCCAUCCUCUGUGCGCUCAUUGUUCUUGGUCGAUACUUUGCCAGACACAAAGGAACUUACUUCACACAUGAAGCCAAAGGGGCGGACGAUGCAGCCGAUGCAGACACGGCCAUCAUAAAUGCGGAGGGGGGACACAACAACACAGAUGAGAAGAAGGAGUACUAUAUCUAAACUGGACAGGCCAGGAGAGACGGGUGGGAAUGCUGCUGGUGGUGAUGGUGGUGGUGGUGUAGCUGUAGGAGCAUUAUGUUUAACUUUGAUUGGUUACGAGACGGCUUGAGGGCUGAAAAAGCGAGAUUUAAAGAGGAAGAGAAGAAAGAAAAAAGUGAAAAGUAGGACUGCCGUGGCCAAGUGAUUCUAAGAGGCAUUGCUGAGUCUCCUAUCCGACCCUUCCUGGACUGCUGGGGCCUAUUCUGUACAGUUCAAUUAUUUUACAGACAAUUUUGUGCCUUGUUCUAUUUCUUUUGUUUACUUUGUUGUCUAUGUGUGCUGCAGCUAGCUUUUAGCUCAUGUACCCAGAUCUGAGGAGCCAGCUCAUCAACACUUCUUUUUUUUUUUUUUUUUAAUUAGUAAUCUCUAGACUUCAGUAACUGGAACACAGUGUCAACACAUUUCUCCUCACUGGGUCAAAGCCCACGAAUCCCCGACAAAUUCAUGUGAGGUCAGUUUAUCAUUUGUUUAGGGUAUUGUGGAAUACAGUCUAAGACGUCCUCACAGAUGAAAUGUGCCCUGAUAUGGAGUUAGAAUUUCAAUAGAGAAAAUCAGGAUCGUUUAUUCAUUUUAAAGCUCUGUAUCAGGGUUUUUUUGCUGUUUGAGAAGACAGCAGUAAAAUAACAAUAGCAGAUAGCAUUUACUGUCCUCUGCUUUCUUUAUUUUUUGUUGUCAUUAGCUGAACAUCUGGUUCUGAAAAAAAUCUUAAAGGAGUUGUUUGACAUUGUCUGAAUCUAGAAUUAGUUUUAGUUUUAGUAACUUUUCGUCAGAAUGCUUUCUUUUCAUCAAUGGGACAGAUGGACCAAAAAACAUGGCAGAAAGCAUUGCUCUAAUAAUCAGAGCCAAAAGACUUCCUCUCCUUUGGCUGCAGGGUCAGAGUAUAUACUCUGUAGUACCCAAAAGAACGAGUGGUCCUGCAGCAUUGAUCAUAAAUCGUAUUAAAAUGUGCUAUUUGUUAAAUAUUGGUACAGCCUGCUGUGCGUGCUUUCAGUUUAAACAUAAAAAUUUUCACAUUUACAUACCACCCACAUGGUCAAACUUAGACCAAAUAUAACAAUUAUGCGAGUGUGCAUAUAUACAGUGAAAAUUACUCGUAUACAGCAAUGGCUGAAAGUCCACCUUACAGAGUGCUACUCUCGAAAUAAUUGAUUUUUAUCUGAUAAUACACCAUAUUGAGCAUUUAAUUGGAAAUGUUACAAGGAUUUUUUUUUUAUUUACCAAGGUUUUAUCUUUUUAUUUGAUUGUAUUGUGUUAAAGGGAGGAAAGAAUGUCAUGGCAGUUUCCUUGAGAUGUAUGAGGUUUCAAGGUCCGUAUACUGUAUACCCAUAGCAAGUGGUCGGAGGGGGGGGGGGGCUGGAAUCACUGCUUAUUAUCUGGCUCAGAAAUUCUUGCUACACAGACUUUUUUGCCCUUGCCCAUACCCAAGUAAAAAGACAUUCAAUCACUGCAAACAUGAAUCAGUUAUAUUUCCUUGCUGCCUGUAUAGACGUUUUACCUUUGGGCUGUCUUUGAUAACUUGUAAGGGCUCUCGGCCUUACAAGUUAUCAAAGAUUUGCGUAGAGCUUUAGACUUGGUUUGGGAAAGAUCAUUUUCUUACUGUCAUCCAACAGCCUCAAACCUUCACAGAGGAGCCGUCUACUGUUACAAUUUUUUUUUUUUUUUUUUUUUUUGUUAAACGAACACAAAUCAGAAGAUCCUUUACUCGCAGAGAAAGACACAGUGUGCACACCAUGCAGGCUUCAUGCCUCUGACUCUGUCACAUCUAGAAGAGUAAAACCUGUAAGGUAAUUAGUGAGUGAUUUCAUUGUAUUGCCUGAAUUAUGGAAAAAAAAAAAAUCUGUAAAUGUAUAAUGAAAAAGGAUAACCACUGCCUUAAACCCACCUCUUGAUACUUAUCAUUAUAAAGGAAAAGACUGAAGGACUUAAUUUAGUGCCUUCUUUGAUUUUGAGGCAUAUGGUUAGUAUCGUACAGUAUCCUCAUGUACACACUUACAGUAUAUCUUGUAUAUUUCUGUUCUUUCUGACUUACAGGGCCAAUACUCAUCCAUGUUGUCUUUGUUCACGCACCAUAGGCUUUCAUCAAAAAUACGACUUGGAGCAUAAAAUAAAAAAGCUGGAUAUGAGUUUGACGUUGGGGGAAAAAAAAGGUAUUUCUUUGUUUAUCAGGGUGGUGUGGCAGCUUCCACUGACUCGAAUGUCGUAUGCCAGGAUGUAGUAUUUAUUGUCUUAAUUAGCAAUCAGAAAACAAUUUCAAUUUGGUUAUAAUUACUUUCUCUGCUUCACUUCAUUUGUUAUUUAUUUGGAUAUCUUCAAGGACAAGGCUCACUAGUAUUAUCAGAGAGGAAUACAGUACUAAAAGCUAUAAUAAGCUACAAUAAAAGUACAUUUUGGACUUUUGGUGUCAUGGAAACAAUUAUGUGCAUGACAAAUUUUAUUUUGGGGUUUGAUAUUUAUCUUAAAUGGUUUUGAACUGACUGUUGCUUUUAACUGAGCAACAUUAAACGAUUGUCAGAGGCAUCAUUCUUAUCCAAUUUUUGAUUUGUUUUAAUACUUGAUAUUUAGUAUGUUCGUUUUCACUCUCUCAGGUUCAUGAGUGUUAAUAGUUGUGUUUUUUGCAUCUCAGGUAGAAUGCAAAUUUAAGGCCCCAAGUAUAUACUGUAGUACCACAGCUAUUCAAAAAGUGAAGAAAUCACAAGAUGUACAUGUUUUUCUCAGUUGUACAUGUUUAUGUGUUCUUAAUAUGGUGCACUGUUACAGUAAACGUUAAAUAUUAUUUUGCAUAGACCUAGUUCACAAAGAAAGAAAACUAGAUUUGUUAAGCAAACAAAAAUUAUGUACAGUCAGUGUCAACAAAAUCACGAUGAUGUUCAUAAAACUUCCACUGUAACACUUUGCUCAUACAGUAUCGGUUAUUUAGUAACUAUAGGAUGUGACCACAGCCAGCCAAGCAUCUGUUUGCAUUCGUUCAAUUCAUGCAUAAAUUUUCAUAGAUGAAAAGAUGGCGUAUUUACUGUGACAUGAAGUUUUAUGAAUGAUCCGUAACAUGUCUUGGAUAUUUGGAUGAAACUCGUGUUUAAAGCCUGGGGGAAGAGGGAGGGAGAGGGGGGGUUUGGUUGUUUUAUUACCCCCCCGCUCCCAUGACUCUAUAUAAAGAUAGAAGACAUGUCUCCACUUCCUCCCAUUGUACAAAAAUGAAGCUAAAAUAUCCUGGAUAUGGGUGCUGCCAUUUUGCGCUGGUGACGUCAUUUGGAUAUCGAGGUCCUGCCCAUACACCUGCACGACUCAAUCGCAAAUCUAUCACAGCUGUCAAUCAUGAUGUCACGCUCCCUCAGAAAAAUUAAUGCUUCAACAUAUAUCAGCGUGAUAAGAAGUACAUAAAUGACAGAAAGCAUCUUUAGAAAAAUUUAUUUGACAUGUACUUUCUAGUGAUUUCUUUUUUGGCUUGGCCCGUAUUUUAUCUGCUGAAACGGAGGGGCCAAGGUUUAUGAUCUAUACUACAGCCAAACACCAGGGGGCGAUUGAUUUGUUUUGGCUUCAUUUUUUGGGGAGUUGUCAUGUUGUCCAUCUUUAUAUACAGUCACUGUUACCCCCAGAUGGUUGUUUUUGUUGUUGAAUCUUAAAUUUCUCUUUGUACCCAGGCAACAUUUUUCUUUUGUGUAGUGAAGAGGAUGUUUCUCAUAUGGCCAUGCAUAUUUUGUAUUGGUUAACACCAACAUUUUUACAAAAGAAAAAAAAAAUCAGAAGAGUACUUGUCUUAAUAAAAAAGAUAUCAAUG